UGUCCGUGCCGUUUUCGCGUUGGCAAAACCCCGGACCUGUCAGCCAGAGGAGCGGGGAAGACGUACCUCCUCCCAAAAAUCACUUUGACCCUCCAGCCUCGGGCCAGCGACGCCUCGUGGGAGUCCACCCUGCUGAAGCCGGAAGAGAUGGAGCUCUCGUCGGCGGAAAGCCCCUGCGAGCUCAAGCAGCUGGAGCCUUCGCCUUUCUCUUCCAAGCGGACCAUGUACGAGACAGAGGAGAUGGUGAUCCCCGGAGAUCCCGAGGAGAUGGCGCAGUUCCAGGCCCAGACCUUGGAGGCCUCUCAGUACACCCUGGAGGUGACCUUCCCCAUCAUGCACAUUUUCCUCCCCAGCAAGGAAUUCUACGAGAGCAUCUACAAUAGGUCAGAACCUCACGCCCUCAGCAGCAGCAGCUCUCCAGAGACUGUCAUGGAGGACUAUUUCAUGCCCGAGCAGCUGGAAAUCCCCAGCUUUUUACCUCCCGAAGGGCUGCACCCCACCAUUUAUGCCUCGCAGGAUGGCAACCUCGCCUGGCCCCCGGGGAGCAAGAAGGACGGGCCCCAGAAGAUGCUCUCCCUGGCCAUCCAGAUCAACCUGGAUUUGGAAAAGAACAUCAAGGAAUUCUUGGUGACAUUGCGCCUGGAAGGGGCCACCCUGCGCCAUUCCAUGGCCUUGGCCCAUCAGAGCUGGUACUCACAGCUCAUUGACUUCCUGGAUGUCCUGGAUGACCCCAUCCUGGGUUUUGUGCCCCCCACCAUCAUCACGGUGCUGCACACGCACUUGUUCAGCUGCGCUGUGGAUUACAGGCCCCUCUACUUGCCCAUCCGUGUUCUCAUCACCGCAGAGACCUUCACCCUCUCCAGCAACAUCAUCGUGGACACCUCGGUCUUCCUUCUCCGGUUCAUUUUGGAUGACUCGGCUCUUUACCUCUCCAACAAAUGUGACAGCGAGACCGGUGACCUGAGGAAAGAUUAUGUUUGCGUCGUGGAUGUGGACCUCCUGGAGCUGGUGAUCACCACGUGGAAGGGAGCCACGGCUGGGAAGCUGACCCGGCCUCUUUUUGAGCUCCGCUGCUCCAACAACGUCAUCCACGUCCACACCUGCGCAGACUCGUGCGCAGCCCUCGCGAACCUCAUCCAGUAUGUGGUGAACAACGGCGACCUGCACCCUCCCCCUCGGCAGGACAGUCCCACGGAGAUUGCUGGCCAAAAGGUGCAGUUGUCUGAGAGUCCAGCCUCUCUCCCGCCAUGUCCUCCUGCCGAGACGGCCGCUAUUAACCAGCGUGACCUGACAGACGCCCUCCUCGACACAGAGCGAAGCCUGCAGGAGCUGGCCGGCGAAGCCGGGGACUCUGGACUCAGACGGCCGCCGUCCCCCGUCUCCGUGUAUCUCUUCCCUGGGGAGAAUGGCGCCACGGGCAAGGCCAAGGCCGCGGCUCCGCCACCUGCCUCCGUGGGCGAAGGUCUGGAUUUCAGCCCUUCGGAAGACAGCGAGGGCGAGAGCGAGGCUACCGACGACUUCUGCAUCUUGGACGCUCCGGGCACCGGCAUUCCGCCCCGGGAUGGCGAGCCCGUCGUGAUGAAGCUGUUGGAUGGGCCCGUCCGCGUCCAGGAGGGCCAUUUUUCUCGUCCCCUGGGCAGCACGGACUUGCUGAAGGCUCCCUCGCGCUUCCCGGUGCCCGAGAGCCGCGUCGUGAUGCGGGAGGUCUCGGUGGUCUGGCAUCUCUACGGAGGCAGAGACUUCGGGCCCAGUCGAUCGGCUUCGGGCCACGCCCAUUCGCCCAGCUUCAGAGCAAAGCAUUUGCCAGCAAAGUGGUUUGGGGCCGAUGAGCCCCAAAAAAGGUCUUCUUGGCCUGACUGUCGGGGACCUCCUUUCUCUUGGCAGCUCACCAUCAAAGCUCUCCACGUCUGCCCGGAAACCGGCCUGGGAGGCCCCGAGUGCUGCCUUCGUGUUUCGCUAAUGCCGCUGAGGCUCAACAUCGACCAGGAUGCCUUGUUCUUCCUCAAGGACUUUUUUGCCAGUGUAGCUGCCAGCAUUAAUCCAGUCGUACCCCUGGACCCCGGCUCUGAAGGUCCAGCAGACGCCUCAGGGAAGGAGCCCGAGGGAGCCGAGGGCGAGAUGACUGCCUCGGUGGAGACCACCGCCAGCGAGACCAGCUCCGUAUCCAACGCCUCCUCUUCCUCAUCGGAGCAGCCCAUCUACUUCCGGGAGUUCCGAUUCACCUCUGAAGUCCCCAUCUGGCUGGACUAUCACGGCAAGCAUGUGACGGUGGACCAGAUGGGCACUUUUGCCGGCAUCCUCAUCGGCCUGGCACAGCUCAACUGCUCUGAGCUCAAACUUAAGAGGCUCUGUUGUCGGCACGGGCUCUUGGGUGUGGAGAAGGUGGUGAGCUACGCCCUGACCGAGUGGCUGACGGACAUCCGCAAGAACCAGCUCCCGGGCAUCCUGGGCGGCGUGGGGCCCAUGCACUCCGUCGUGCAGCUCUUCCACGGCCUGCGUGACCUCUUCUGGCUGCCCAUCGAGCAGUACCGCAAGGAUGGCCGGAUCAUCCGGGGCCUGCAGCGAGGGGCGGCGUCCUUCGGCACCUCCACCGCCUCGGCGGCCCUUGAGCUCAGCAACCGUUUCUCCAUGCCCUUCCUUUCCUGUUUUUGCGCCACGGCCGAGACGGUCUAUGACAUCCUCUCCCCGACGGCUCCCCUCUCCACACGGACCCUCCUGGACAAAAAGUCCACCCGCAAGCUGAGGCGUGGCCAGCAGCCGGCCGACCUGCGCGAGGGGGUGGCCAAGGCCUAUGACACCGUGAGGGAGGGUGUCAUUGACACAGCCCAGGCCAUCUGUGACGUGGCAGCCCGUGGCCACGAACAAAAAGGCAUCACGGGGGCCGUGGGAGGGGUCCUGCGGCAGAUCCCACCCACCGUGGUCAAGCCCCUGAUUGUGGCUUCGGAGGCCACCUCCAGCCUCCUGGGAGGGAUGCGCAACCAGAUCAAGCCCGACGCCCGCAAGGAGGAGUCCCUGAAGUGGCGGUCGGAAGAGGCCCAGGAAUGAAGACGCUUCCCCCUCCCACGGACCCAGACAAGCAGUCAGCCUCUCCCUUCGCCCCACGGAGACCACGGAGGGCUGGAGAACACCCCUCGCCCCCUUGGCCAACCUUACCAAAUAAAGAACCGUGGAGGAGGAGGAGGAGGAGAGAGGAAAGGCGCCCUUAUGGGCAGUCGAACGCUUUCAGAUGGUCAUGGAGCUUCCCAGCAUGGCAGCCAUACAUGGGAUUGCCCAGAGAGGGUGGUGCCGCCUCAUUUAUUGCCUCGCCCCAUAUUUUUGUACUUUCGAGAAUGGUGUGUCUGCCAGCUGUUUGGUACACGACCUUCCGCUGUACUCUCUGACCUCAGUAGAGCAGGGUUUUGGGGGGGGGAAGGAGAGGAUGAAAGUUGACUGAACAUUAAAGGACGUGACAUGUUUUCAGCUCCGUCUUUGCGUGGAGGUCGGGUUGGAAGGCUGUUAACAGAGUAAAACCUCUCCUUCAUCCUGUCCUGGAGCGCCUUCCCUGCUUGCGGUGUGGCUGAGGCUACAAAGAGAAGAAUUUCUUUGAGGUGCACAGAGAUGAUGGUAGAGGUGAGCAGAAGGCAGGUCAGGAUCAAAUGAAUCUUAAACAUUACAGUGGCUGUCACUUUUAUUGGGACUGGUUAUGAAUACACACACAGAAAAAUCAUGAAAUAUAAAAUUCAUCCU